GUAAACGUUAUGAUCUUCUCUGACCAUGGCAUGGCCGAGAUCUCCACGCAGAGACUCAUCAACGUCACUGACAUCCUGACCCCUGACCUUUACGAAACCAUCAUGGAAUCGGGCCCUGUGAUGAGCGUCUACGUGCCUAAAGAGGAUAAAGACAAAGAGAACGAGGUGCUGGAGAAGCUACGUCACUUCCACCCCAACAUGACGUGUUACCGGCGUGAGGAGCUCCCCGCCAGGUGGCAGUACGCGGCGGGAAGAUACGUGGCCCCAGUCACCUGUGUGGCCGACCUGGGCUGGUUUAUCCUGCACCUUUCAUCCCAAGGGCAAAAGUUGACCAAGUGAAUGCUGUCGACCUAUACCCCGUGAUGUGCAGACUUGCGGGACUCAAACCCUUGCCCUACCAAGGCAAAGGUAGACACCUUAACCAACUGUUGCAGCCUGGCUGGAGGGUGAACUCAAGCCCAACACCAACGCCUUUCGUCGCUCUCACUACUGGAGCAGCACUCACUACAGCACUGCUUUUGAACAGAGCUCUACUUCGAGUAUUAUUUUGAGAGAUUUUAGCUCCCCCUCCUCCCCACUUCCACUAA